GCUGCCAAAAAGGGGCAGUGCGUAGAGUGGCGUAGAGUGAUGCGAAAAUUGUCAAAUAUCUGGUGCACGGUGGCGGUGCGGCGAGCCCGGUGAGUCCGGUGGUGCGAUUUGGCGUGGUGUGCGAGGACGUAGCCGCGUAGCAGCCAGUGAGCAGCCGCAUGCGGAUGCGAUGUCGAGCACCCUCGAGAAGAAGAUCAUGAACCUGGAGGAACGGCUGCGGGCGGAGAACGAGUCGCGCGACAGAGACAGGCACGGCGGCGAGGUUGGAGGUCCGGGUAUGGGCCUGCACUCGACACCGUCGGGCCCCAUGUCCAGCCCGGCGCUACGCAGACCUCGACAACUCGGAGACAUGGGUACUCCUACUCGGCCCAGAAAGCAGCUGGAUCUGCCAGUGUCACAGAUGGUGCCGCCAAAGAAACACGACAGUGAGUUUGAGUCAAAACUGCAGGAAAUCAUGAAAAUGAACGGCAUCUUGAACAUCAACGGCCAAAGAUACCAGACAGAAAUGAAGGAUUUAGAGCACUUGGGCGAGCUUGGUAAUGGCACUUGUGGUCACGUUGUCAAGAUGAAGCACAAACCUAGUGGUGUAGUGAUCGCUGUGAAGCAGAUGCGACGCUCCGGCAAUGCGGAGGAGAAUAAGAGGAUAAUCAUGGAUCUUGACGUCGUGCUCAAGUCACAUGAUUGCCCGUACAUCGUGCAGUGCCUAGGUUGCUUCAUCACCGAGUCGGAUGUGUGGAUCUGCAUGGAACUGAUGGCGACGUGCCUUGACAAGCUAUUGAAACGCAGCAGACAGGCGAUACCGGAGGAUUUCUUAGGCAAAGUUACAGUAGCAACAGUAAAAGCAUUGUCGUACCUGAAAGAGAAGCAUGGCGUAAUUCAUAGAGACGUGAAACCUAGUAACAUAUUGCUCGACGAGUCGGGAGGAGUGAAGCUUUGCGACUUCGGGAUAUCUGGCAGAUUGGUCGACAGCAAGGCGAAGACGAGAAGCGCGGGUUGCGCGGCGUACAUGGCUCCUGAAAGGAUAGACCCACCUGAUCCUACCAAGCCGGACUACGAUAUAAGGGCGGACGUCUGGAGUCUGGGCAUUACUCUGGUGGAGCUAGCUACAGGAGUAUUUCCUUAUCGAGACUGCAAGACUGAUUUUGAGGUACUGAGCAGAGUGGUACAGGACGAUCCUCCAUCUCUGCCGCUUGACACGCCCUUCUCCAAGGAAUUCCGAAGCUUCGUCAGCUGUUGUCUCACGAAGAAUUACAAACACCGGCCGAAGUACCACAAGCUCAUGGAACACCCGUUCAUCCGCAAGUACGACGUUCUGCACGAUGGCGAGACGAACUCCUCUCUACCGAACUCCGGCUACCAGUGGUUCGGCAGGGUGAUGCGGCAACUAGAACCAAGUUCCAGGUUGCCGGGAGGGCAGCAGCAGCAACAACAGCAGCAGCAGCGAGUUUCAGGCCACGUAUCUCUGAAGCAGACGGCCCAUCUUCGAGCACAGACCGAAGUGCCGGCUUUCCUAAGAAGCAACGUCAACAGUAACGUCACAAGAGACCCACCAAAUUCCGGCUUUCUGUCGUUCCAUCAGCGUUCUAACAGCGAGAACAGCGCGAACUACGUGUCCUACAGUCCGUACGCCCUCCGCCGGAGGGAGAUCGCGCGGCCGUUCUCACCACCAAUGUCCAAGGACGUGGAACAGCCGGAACCGAAUCCGCCGCGAUCGUUUUCGCCGUACCGGCAGCAGUACGAACAAACCAUCACCAGGCACCAGGAUUAUUCCUCGAAUCGCUGCGCGACAACGACGAACGGUCAAGGUAAACAGGAGACAACGGCGACAACGAUAACAAGGCCGUUCUCUCCUUACAGGACGCAAGAUGCGUCCAACCUGGGCAACAACGGUCGAUCGUAUUCCCCGUAUCGGAGUAGCCGCUACGACGAGCGCGACAGCAACAAGGCGGACCGAUGGCAGGGCGUCACGAGGUCGCUGAGUCCCCUUGCUAGAGACUACUCGCCCUGGCGGCGAGAGAACGUCGAUCCCCCCGGUGUCAUUCAGCCGCCGCCGCCUAUCAAGUGCGACAACGGCGGUCGUUACUCGCCAUUUUUGCAACAACGACUCGUGCAAUCUGCACAACCCGCGGCGGCACCCCAUACCCAUCCGCAGGUGCAGGAUAUCUACGGUAGUCCGAUGAUUAGCCGCAAAAGGUUUCCUUCGGAACCACCACCGCAAGGAUCUCACGGCUCCACUAGUCCGCAAUUGCUGAUCUCUCGUUUCGCGCAUCAGCUGAAGCAGGAAUCUCCCCCGUCGUCGCUGGUGAUGCCGCCGCAGCAGCAGGGCGCCGGUUCGAAGGAGUCCGCGAAGAAGCGCUUCGCGUCCUACGUACGACUCAGGCUCGGCAGCGAGCGCGCUCCCUCGCCGGAGCCACCGCCGAGGCUAAGUCGCGGCGAGUCCCCGCUUGCCCUUAGGAGGAACUUAGUCGAUCAGGCGUCCCCCGCCUGUCAGCGAAAGUACAUCUCGCCUCCUCCGCCUCAGCCGCCGCCCAGGAGACUGUCGGAGAGCAGUUCCGUACCCGGUAGCCCGCAGCACGUGCGUGCCCGCCUGCGUUACACGCCCGAGCCUCAGAGGAGACCGCCGCCGCCGCCAUAACCCACCGCUACAAUCAAUAAGCCUUAUUAUUCCUUGUUGGUGCCAUACGCGACUACGGACAUCCGGACAGCGAUCACGUGCACCACGUAGUACCGAAGUGUGUCGUUACUCGACGACGAUUGCGCGCACAGAGUGCUUCACAGAGCGUGUACGUACACGGUGUGUUCUCGGACGUUGUAAAGCCAGGAAAAGAAGAAGAGGAAGAGGAAGAUACAAGUACCGAAAAGCGUAUUCUUAAUACUCGAGCCGCCGCGAACUCGAUCGCGCGCGCGAGUCGAAGGUCGUUGUACGGGAAUUGUCGAUUUAACGUGCGAAACGACUGGAACUGCAACAGCUUUUGGCCUGAAUUCAAGAUUUCUCGAGACGCAUCUUUGGGCGCGGAUGAUGCUUCUGACUUGGAAAAUUGCCUUAUGGGACUCGCCGAGUCUCUAGCUAGUGAAUAUUUCAAAUUUCGAAUAUUUCACGAGUAUUUUCUGAAUUCCUUAUUGAUGUUAGAAUAAGCAAGAAUGAGACGCGACUGUUUUCAAAGUGGAAAACGCUUCGCACGCUAAACUCGCUUUCUGCACGGCCGUGGCCUUUAGCUGACCUGCGUCGAUCGCCUCGUUUAACUUAACUCUAAUGCGUAGAAAAAGUCCACGACGACGAUGAGACGUCUCUCUUACGAGAUACGAUACAAAGGGAUUAAAAAUUGCGAAAGGCAAUCCUCGAAUCGCGGGAUCAGGUGUUCCUUUUGAAUUUCAUUGAAUUCUUAGCGAUUUCUUGUAUUUCGCAAUGUAUUCUAAAAACAAAUAGCAGAUUUUCGACGGGAGUUGACGUUAUUAAUUGAGGGUACAAUCGACGCCCCCCGAGGACCGCGUGCAUAAUAAACAUACGUUUUGCACAAGCGAGGGAGCCGUUCGCGCUGUGAGCGAACGCCCGCGUUGUUCGCAGUUUUUCCCCUCGCCGACGCGAGACGCGAGAAUCGAAUUACCUUCGUCAAUAAUAUUCUUCUCGACGUAUAUUUAUUGAUAGUACGCAACGAGAAAAAUACGAUGCUCAACUUUUUAUAUCGCUUGCACAUUAAAGUGACGGAGGAAUGUACGACAUUAACCGCGAUGUACCGCGAUGUAUUUCUUGAAAGAAAAAAAAAAUCACCACAUACACACACGCAGGAGAGAUACGGUAUGGUGUAUGUGAAAAACGCGUAAACCGUUCCUAUCGCUCUUUGUUUACGCUGCUUUCUGUCGAUCUUGAAAAUCUUAAUCGCGCGAAAGAGAACGAGAGAGAGAAAGAGAGAGAGAGUGUAUGUGUGUGUGUGUGUGAGAGAGAGAGAAAGAAAAGAAUAAGCGCAACGAAACUCGUUCUCUUCUCUCUCGGAUGGCCUUGUGGUAUCUCUGCGACUCGAGUUAGUCUCUCAGCGAUCUUUUCCACGUUUUAUUAUUAAUAUUAUUAUUAUAGCUAUUACAUCAUAAUUUGUAUAAAGUAACAUACGGAGCAAGAGCGAGUCGUUCAGAAUACGCAGUCGAGAGUCUCAAUAUCGAGAGUGAGAGCGCGGGUGUUAACGACGGCGGAUAUUAUCGUUCACAUUCGACUCUUAUAUUCGUUACGCGAGAAGGAAAGAAAACAAAAAAAAAGAGGAAACGAAGGCACAAUAAUGUUGCAGCAGCACACCUCGUAGGACCUUACGACUACGAAGCACGAAUGUAUAUUACUUACUCAAAAUCGGCAAGGUGUGCAAGACGUUACACAUCCACACACACACACAUUACAAAAAAUACACACACACGGUUAGGAUGCUGUAAUUAUUAUUUUUAAUUAACAUUUAAUCCCUAACUACGUUCAAGUCUACACUUGUAAUCGCCUUUGUCGUUUAUUUGACAAAAGGAUCUGUUGUAAUGUAAAUAAACUUAUAUUUAUACGA